GGUAAUGCGAUAGAACCCCUAUCUUCCCAAAGCCCUCUGUGCUCUCUAGUGUUUCCCAAGCAGAGAAAAUGGCUUCAAUAUCAUAUCUAAUAUCAUCACCAAAUCUCCCCAGUCCCAUGAAACUCUCCCUCACACUCCAAUCAAAAAACUUUCUCCAAAUCCUCCAACCAACAACAAAUCCACUUCCCAAUUUGCCUAAAAAACUCAUCUUGACUUCAUGUCCGAAGAAAUUAAGGUUGUUUGCUGUGGCAGAAGAUCAAACCUCAGUGUUGGCCUCUCCUUCUGAGGCCGCCAGGAGGCUUUACAUUGGCAACAUUCCCAGAACUGUGAACAAUGACGAGCUCACAAAGAUUGUUGAAGAACAUGGCGCCGUUGAAAAAGCGGAGGUGAUGUAUGAUAAGUACUCUGGAAGGAGCCGCCGAUUUGCUUUUGUUACAAUGAAAACGGUGGAGGAUGCAAAUGCAGCAAUUGAGAAAAUAAAUGGCACCAAAAUUGGAGGGCGUGAGAUCAAGGUAAACAUCACUGAAAAACCUCUUCCACAAGUGGAUUUGUCUCUCCUUCAGGCAGAGGAUUCCCAAUUUAUUGAUAGUCCGCACAAAGUUUAUGUGGGAAAUCUUGCAAAGACAGUAACUUCAGAUACACUCAAGAAGUUCUUUUCUGAGAAAGGGAAGGUAGUCAGCGCUAAGGUUUCACGGGUCCCAGGGACCUCAAAAUCUAGGGGAUUUGGGUUUGUAACAUUCUCUUCUGAAGAGGAAGUUGAAGCUGCUGUCUCUUCUUUUAACAAUUCUUUGUUGGAAGGGCAACAAGUUCGUGUAAACAAGGCAUAAAAUGGUUGGCAGUGGCAGCACUGUGUGGCUACUACAGGGGCUGGUCUAUCUUAUUCUGUAUCCAUUUCAUUGCAAAAUAGAGCAGUUCUUUGUCCUGAAUGUAUAAUCAACUUUGUUAGUGCAAUUGCUAUAGUAAGUUAUUUCUGCCAUGAGCUUUUGUAACCAUACGUGGCAGAAGGUUAGUGGUGGAAAGAGAGGAUAAACACAUUUCAUUUCGCUCGUCCCUUUUUAACAAAAUGAACUGAGUUUCUAAGAGAAAAGGACUACUGCUAUAUGAAUCGUAAUAGUAUUCAAUUAGUCAUGACUGAGUGAAAUGUA